GUAUCCACGGUCUUGUAUUUGACAGAUCCUCCAUCCUUGGAUGCCGCCUGUUCCGAGUCUGGGAUCAGCUUCAAACUGGACCACCGGCCAUUUGGCUACCUGUGGGAGCUCCGUGUCGGCUCUGACCCGCUGACGUCGGAGCUGGCAGCCCAGCACGGCUACAUCAUGAGCAAUGAUAGCCGGAGUCUGCUGCUCAAUGUGCCGCUCUUCACUCAUGGCUACAAGUACAAGGACGUUACUUUGAAGGGCUUCUCUGGCACUUUUGAGGUCAUUGUGUGGGAUCGUGAAGCAUCUGAGGUCCAGACUUCAGCUGUCAUGACUUGCCUCUUCUCUGCUCCUGAACUCAUUAUGUGUUCGACUGAUGGGAGGAUGACCGUGGUGGCUGACUUGUCUCUGGCCGUCCCAAGCGGAGGAGUUCCUGCCAGAACCAACCUCCUAGAUAAACACUGUGGCCCCAGAGAGGCAGAUGACACCAGGGCUCUCUUCUCUUUUCCGGUCAACAGCUGUGGAUCCAUAGUCAAGCAUGGCAUGGAAACUGUGACCUAUGAAAACCAAAUUUUCUUCAGCAAGACGUUGCAUGCUGUGAAACAUCAAGCAGACUUGGGCAAUGAGAUUGACAGGGUGAGGGUGCAGUGUACAUAUGCGCUGGACGGACUGAGCAGCACAGUAUACAGGUUUCAAUCUGAAGAAGCUGGUGUAGGUCACAUUGUGCACUCCAGUGGAGGUCUACGGAGUCCCGACAUCCAGCCUUCUACUGUGCCUCAAAAGCCAGUGCCCAUUUCCAGAAAACGAGUCUCAAUAAGACGUGGUUACCGCCCACCUGCUAAGCACAUCAGAGUAUCCAGCUUUCUAAAGAAUCGUUACAAGAAAGGAGCUAGAGGAUCCAAGCCAAAAGGAAUAUUUCCAUAUCAUAAAGGACAUUUGUGUAUUAAGUGUAAAUCUCAAUAAAAUGGUGUCUUAAAAAUAUGGAGACUGUAAUUGGGAAAUUGAUCCCACACCACUGUGAAAGUGGUGUGGAAAUGAAAGUUCAGCUGAUAAUGACCAAUUUGCUUAUUGCCGGACAGAAGCAAUAGCUGGAUUGUUACCCCACACUAACUUCUAAUGUUACAUUAUCCAAACUUAUAGAUCAAUACACCAGACAUCUCUUUGCAAAUGCACAAAUUCCAACUAAUUCCCCAGCCACUAAGAGUUGACCAUAAUUCAAAUGUGUGGCGGAAGCGUCCAGAGACGGGGACUCGAGUCCGGCUUAGACACCCUGCUUAAAAUUACACUAAUUAGAGGUUGGUGAACUGAAAGAUUGGUCAAAGAGCCCCACACACAUCUGGCACAGGAUGAUGAUGAUGAUGAUCAGGAGGAAGAACCUUCAUCUCACUCCCCUUUGUUCACACCAACUCUCGCCUGCUACUAAUCUGUGCACAGUUUUCUGAAUAAAGAUCUUUUGCUUUUA